CUUAUAUAUAUAUAUACAUUUAAUUUAAUAAUAAUAAUAAUAAAAAAAAAUAUAUAUAAUCAAGUGCGACCGUUUCUUUGUUUCUGGGGGAGUUGGGGAGAAAUAUCGGUGCUGGAGAGCUUUUGGCCGUCGGAUUGGGAUCGGGGCAGGAUCGGACGGAUGUCGAUCGCGUGCAAGACGGUGUACGAGGUGGUUGCCGGAGUGCGGUCUGAAGGGAAGAGGUUUGAUGUGCCGGCGCCGGCGCAGCCUGCGCCAGCGGAAGCAGCGGAGUCGUCUGGAAGCUCGUCGAUUGGGGAGAAUAGUGACGAUGGAUCAGGGGGUGUUGGAUCGGGGUCGGAUGCUGAGGAAGUGCAGAGCUCGUUCAAAGGGGCUUUGGAAUCUUUGGAUGCUUUGGAGGAGUCGUUGCCAAUCAGACGAGGCAUAUCUAAAUUCUACUGUGGCAAAUCAAAGUCCUUCACAAGCCUAUCCGAAGCAUCAUCCUCAUCUGCCAAGGACAUUGUGAAACCAGAUAACGCAUACAGCCGCAAGCGCAAGAAUCUCCUUGCUUACAAGAGCAUUUGGGAAAGACCACAUGAUAACCAGUUGAGGAACCUGGGAGGAGAUGGAAUAUCAAAAAGGCCAACUAGUUCCAAUCGGAGCACAAGCAAUACUGAGAAUGAUUGUGAUAAUGAUCAAGAGACGCACAAUAAGGUUCGGCUUCUUCCCCCACUGCACCCACCUGGAAAACAAGCUGGUAGCGCAUCGACAUUUGGCCCUUCUUCACCAAUGAAGAAAUGUUCUUUCUCAAUGAGAUCGUUCUCGAUGAUGGACCUUCAGGCCACGUCCAAUUCCAGACCCUCAACUGACCCUGCUGAUAAUCAUAAUAUGUUCACUUAGCUGGAUCCUUUCUGCCUGCUCUCGUUUACCUCUUGAUCCCGGGUUUUUGGUGGCUAUAGUUUGUACCGUAACUAUUAGGAGUAAUACUUAACCGCCUGGACUCAAUGGUGAACAAGUGUUUCUUGGAUCUCCAAACCACCUCUUAUCAAACUCAAUGUAAAUAAUUCCACUGUGCUUUUGUAAGUUACUGUUCUAAUCUAAAGUAUCAUAUUCUUAUCA